UUUGUGCUGAAGUUCGAUGUCGGCCUCMGCCUCAUCUUUUGUGAUUUUAUAAUAAAACGUGUAUUUUGAAAUCAUUUAAGUUAUAGAAUUGUUGUUUAAAUUAAACACGACAUGAAAAUGGAGUGGACUCCUCAACAAGAAGGACUGCGGGAAAUUUUAACCUUACUCAAGGAGUCACAAUCACCAGAUACAGCAACUCAAAGGACUGUUCAGCAAAAACUGGAGGAGUUGAACAAAUACCCCGACUUUAACAAUUAUUUAAUGUUUGUUUUAACAAAACUAACCACAGAAGACGAACCAACCCGAUCGCUAAGUGGUUUAAUAUUAAAGAAUAACGUUAAAACGCAUUAUAAUAGUUUACAACUUAGUGUGACGAAUUUCGUAAAAAACGAAUGUUUACAAGCCGUGGGGGACCCCUCCCCCUUAAUAAGGGCCACUGUCGGUAUCUUAAUAACAACAAUCGCGAGCAAAGGCGACUUAUCUUCAUGGCCCGAAUUAUUGCCCGCUUUAUGCACAAUGUUGGACUCCCAAGACUACAAUGUUUGCGAGGGUGCGUUUGGAGCUUUGCAAAAAAUUUGCGAAGACUCGGCUGAAGCGUUAGACGCUGACACAACAAACAACCCUCUUGACAUUUUAAUCCCUAAGUUUCUACAAUUUUUCAACCACUCGAGCCCCAAGAUUCGAUCCUACGCCAUAGGCUGUGUCAAUCAGUUCAUCACGCAUCGGGCCAAAGCCCUUAUGUCACACAUCGACUCUUUUUUAACGAAUUUAUUCCACGUUGCCACUGAUGAUGAUCCCGAAGUGCGUAAAAAUGUGUGCAGAGCGUUGGUUAUGCUCCUGGAAGUGCGUCUCGAUCGGCUCAUACCCCAAAUCGAAAACAUAAUUGAAUAUAUGUUAGUGAGGACGCAGGAUGCCGACGAGGGGGUUGCAUUAGAAGCCUGCGAGUUUUGGCUGUCUUUGGCGGAACAACCUGUGUGCAGAAACGUCCUGGGGCCCUAUCUCAGCAGGCUGAUUCCUGUCUUAGUCAGGAGCAUGAAAUAUUCCGAAAUCGACAUUAUUUUGCUCAAAGGUGACGUGGAGGAGGACGAGACAGUUCCCGACCGCGAGGAAGACAUCCGUCCUCGUUUUCACAAAUCAAAGACUACAAUUAAAGCAACUUCAGCAACACAGAACGGCACAAAUUCGGAAAAUGGUAGUGUAGAAACAGAUGAGGAUUUUGACGACGGAGAUGACGGCGAUGACGGUUCUUUAUCGGACUGGAAUUUGCGUAAAUGUAGUGCUGCAGCUUUGGAUGUGUUAGCGAAUGUUUUCCGGGAMGAUUUAUUACCGAUCCUUACGCCCAUCUUGAAAGAGACGCUUUUCCACCAGGARUGGAAUAUCAAGGAAUCGGGAAUUUUGGCUUUAGGUGCGAUAGCAGAGGGGUGUAUGUCCGGAAUGGUGAAUUAUCUUCCUGAGUUGAUUCCGUAUCUAUUCAGUUGUUUGAAUGAUAAAAAGGCGCUUGUGCGGGCGAUAACGUGUUGGACGCUUAGUAGAUAUUCGCAUUGGGUUGUCGCUCAACCACAUGAUUUGUAUUUGAAGCCUCUUAUGACUGAAUUACUUAAAAAAAUUCUUGACGGUAAUAAACGCGUUCAAGAAGCGGCUUGUUCGGCAUUUGCGACAUUGGAAGAGGAAGCUUGCACCGAACUCGUGCCAUAUUUAGGUUUUAUAUUAGAAACUUUAGUAUUCGCCUUCUCGAAGUAUCAGCACAAGAAUUUGUUAAUUUUAUACGACGCUAUUGGGACAUUGGCUGAUUCAGUGGGACACCAUUUAAAUAAACCCGAUUAUAUCAGUUUGCUAAUGCCACCUUUGAUCCAAAAGUGGAACAUCCUCAAAGAUGAAGACAAGGACUUGUUUCCGUUAUUGGAGUGUUUAUCAAGUAUUGCGACUGCGUUGCAGUCUGGAUUUUUACCCUACUGUGAACCAGUUUAUUGUAGAUGUGUUUCGUUAGUCCAACACACACUUUAUUUGCAGAUGGCAAACAUGCAAAAUCCUGACCAGUUUGAUGCACCUGAUAAAGAUUUCAUGAUUGUAGCUUUAGAUUUGUUGUCUGGAUUAGCUGAAGGUUUAGAUGGCCAUAUAGAGAAACUAGUGCAAAAUAGUAAUAUUAUGGAUUUGCUUCACCAUUGUAUGCAAGAUUCAAUGCCUGAAGUUAGACAGUCGUCGUUUGCAUUGCUUGGUGAUCUUACUAAAGCUUGUUUUCAACAUGUACGACCUCGUAUACCCGAUUUUUUGCCAAUACUCGGGCAAAAUUUGAAUCCCGAAUAUAUUUCAGUCUGCAAUAAUGCCACUUGGGCGAUUGGAGAAAUUAGUAUUAAAUUUGGUGCCGACACACGACCUUAUAUACCUUUAGUUUUAAAUCAACUUAUUGAAAUUAUAAACAGGCCAAAUACUCCUAAAACACUAUCAGAAAAUACUGCCAUAACAAUUGGUCGACUAGGUUUUGUCUGCCCCCAUGAUGUCGCGCCCAUGUUACAACAGUUUGUACGACAGUGGUGCAUAUCAUUGCGAAAUAUCAGGGAUAACGAAGAGAAAGAUAACGCUUUCCGUGGCAUGUGUCACAUGAUACAGUUAAAUCCGGGAGGAGUAGUAAACGAUUUUAUUUUUUUCUGUGAUGCUGUAGCAUCGUGGAUCACACCAAAAGAUGAUUUGAAAGAGGCUUUUAUUAAGAUUCUACACAGUUUUAAAUCGCAAGUAGGGCCUGAGAAUUGGCGCCGAUUUAGUGAUCAAUUUCCACCACAACUUAACGAAAGACUUUCACAACUUUAUGGAAUAUGAAGUCACACAGGGUAUAAGGGGUUAUAGACAAAUUGUAGAAUCGGGGUGGGGCGCGAUAACUCAAGCCAGGUUUUACCAGGAUCAAGAGGGUGGGUUCUUUAGAAACAUUACUUAAAUAUCAACAAGGAGAACCUAUACUCGCAAAGUUGUUAUUGUUAACUGUCACCUAAUUUAAGAAGUAUUGAUUUGUUUUCGUUUUUUUAUAUAGUAACAAAAGACUGAGUAUAGGUUUAACUAAUUCAAAUUACUAAUGUUAAAAAAAAAACUGGGAAUUUCAAAGAAAACAAGUGCUUAAGUGUGUAGUGUUUAACUGUAUGUAAGUCUAAGUAAUUCUACAGUGCACUUAUUUAAUUAAGCAUCAGUUUAAUUGUUAGAUAAUUGAAAGUUAAAAGUUAUACACUUAAGUUGAAUAAAUUUAGAAUAAGUAGUUAUGCAUGUGGUUUGGUAUUUUAGGUUAUAUUUGUUAAAAAAAUGUGUGAGUGCUUAAAUAAUUAGUUGCUUCUCCUUUAAUUCGAGAAAAGGGGAAUUAAGUGCAGUAUCGUCUYCUGUUAGAUUCGGUAUUUGUAACCUUGAUCCUUAUGAGGACUUCUGGCUCCUAACCUAGUCCUUCCUUGAUAUCCUAAUCAUCCACUGUGAUUUGACAUGUCCGCGUGUGAAUGAGUUUUGUAAUAUAUAAAGUCAUGUGAUAAUAAGUUAGUGAACCUGAAAUCCUUAAAGUUUAUUUGUGAUACUUUUAGAUAUAUUAUAACUAUAAUAAGACUCGCAAGUAUUAGUCGAUGUUUUUUUUUAUAGGUGUUGAACAGGUUUGUACAGUACCUUGCCAAAAAUAUUGGUAUCAAAUUUGAUUUAGCGACGAUAAGUGAGAUCUUCAACCUUUGUUUUUUUGUAGAUGCAAUAUUUACUCAUCGUUGUUUUUGUUUUGUUUUAAGCUGUAUGUGUGAAUGAGUUGUCCUUUUGGCUACAGAAGUCUUCGUUCCUUCAACACUCCGAGAUCCAUUCCUUUUGCGUGUCUCACGUAUUCCUUUCUCAUUUUAAGUUAGUCUUAUUUAAGUGUGAAUAUUUGUUUAGCCACCACUUAGCGCAAAAGCAAAUUUUGUCGGUUUAAUUUUUUAUUUCAUGCACAGGCUAAAUGGGUAUUGUCCGGUAUUUAUCCUCGUCUUCAGUUAACAAAUGUGAUUGGUGUCAAAUAAUAAUAAUUGAAACAAUGUCGCUUUAAUAAAGAAUAUUUAAUUUUUUUUUGCCAGUGAUCUCUACCAUAAUUUCACCGAAAAAUCAUUUCAAACUCUGCUCGUAUUAUAUUCUUUGUUAAAGUUUUCGCAGCAAUUAUUUUCUCUAAGUACAUGUGAAAUGUAUUAUUUUUAUAUAAGUUAAUAUUGUUUCCGAACAAAGAAUUUCAAUUAAAAGUUCACCAAAG